AUGAGAGUAACAACAUCGACACGUUCAUCGAAAUUAAAUUCGUCAAAUAAUAAAACUAAAACUUCAACAGGAUCAACACCAACAACUACCGUGGUUACAAAUGGAUUAAUUAAUCCUCAAGCAAGUGGAAUCUCACCGCCUACAAAUAAUGGUUCAAUUCGUUUGCUAGAUGGUACAUCGAACGAUACAACACUUUAUUCGAGUGGUGGUAAUCCUUCAUCAAGUCAACCAUCAACAGCUGCCACUUUAUUACAACAAUAUUUACAACCAACAAAUGCAUUACAAAAUAUUCUUAUUCAACAAAUAUUAGCCAGUCCGGAACAGCAACGUUUAUUAGUCGAAAAAAUAAAUCAACAAUUAAAUGAACAAAUUCAAUUAAAUUUGUUACAACAGCAGCAACAACAACAGUCAUCCCAAACAGUUCAACCAAAUAAUGAUUUAAUUAAACAUAUUCAACAGCAAUUACAACAAUUAGCUGUUCAACAACAACAACAAUUACUUUUACAUCAAGUGCAACAAUCAACGGCAAAUACUACUACUACUACUAAUAAUAAUAAUAAUAAUAAACAACAACAAAUACCUAAUCUGUUUUCAAAUUUAACAAAUUCAUCGCAAACAUCUACAACUACAGCAACGGCAAACGUACAUCCAACAAUUGCACAAUAUUUACAACAAAAUAAUGAUGCUCAUUAUCCAUCUGGACGAGAGUCAACAAAUGAUCAACAACUCUCUUAUCCAAUUCUAACUUAUCGAACAGUACCACAUCAAACACUAUCUGCUUCGACUACGAGUCAAUCAGAUUGUUCAAUUAAAACACUACAGAGUACAAAUUCACAUCAACAACACGUCUAUCAACUUUCUUUGCCAUCUUCUUCAAACUAUCAACAGUCAUCUCAACAGCAACAAAGUCAGCCAUUAAAUAUCAAUGAUAUUCUUGCUCAAUAUAUUACAACACAAAUUCCCACAUCGUCAACAUCCGGUUUAAACCUUCUUGCUGCUACUUCAAAUAGUACAGAUUCAAGACAAAUGCCUUCUCGUACAUCUUCAUCUAUUGUCAAUAAUCACAAUCAUUCACAAACUGCUUCUGAAUCAUUACUCUCUACGACCGCCACAUCUUCACUUCAAUCAACUACAAAUUCACAUCCAUUAUAUCAACGAUCAUAUUGUCGAUGGCCAAGUUGUGAUACUAUUUGCGUUUCUCUAAUCGAUUUUACAAGACAUUUAAAUGAAGAACAUUCAUUAGAUGAUCGAUCGGUAGCUCAAGCAAGAGUUCAACAACAUGUUGUUCAACAAUUGGAAGCAUUGCUCAAUCGUGAACGUGAAAUAUUACAAGCAAUGAUGAGACAUUUACAUGGUGGUGGUGGAGGUAGUAUUAACACAAAUGGCGGUCAAACAACAGUGACCACAAAUGGACCAACUAGUAAUAAUUCAACAUCAAAUACUUUUAAUUCAACACUUUCCAAUUCUCUAUCCUCUUCUCCUUCAACAGUUACAAAUGGAACACGUACUUACCAUCCAAUGACACGUUCUAAACUCUCUUCUUCAUCACCUACAUAUCAUUCUGUUGUCAAAGUUGAAAAUUCAUACAAUACACCAUCAACUUCGUCAAAUAAUACUGAUUUUAUUGCUUCACAAGUAGCCGCAGCUACAGCUGCUGCCGUUAAUCUAUCAGCAUUUGCUGUUACACCCGCAACAGUUACCGAACUUGCUGUACAAUCAUUGUUAAAACAACAGCCACAAGAUUUACGAUCAUCUCUAUCGUGUACCACAUCACCACGGAUGAAUUUACACGAAGAACGAGAUCAACAAGAUUCAGAAGAAAUUGGAAGUAAUGAAGAUGAUGAUGGUAAUGAAUCGAAUAAUGAUGAAGUCGAAACGGAUGCUAUUGAACAACAAACAGCAGGAACACCAGCGACACAAUCAAUUAUUGGUACAAGAACAAAACAUGAACGACGAUCAGCAAAUAUGCAUGGGAAAAAAGCUGGAAAAGAAUUGAAGAAUCGAGAGUUUUACAAAUCAACCGAUGUUCGUCCACCAUUUACAUAUGCCACAUUAAUUCGUCAAGCCAUACUCGAAUCACCUGAGAGUCAAUUGACAUUAAAUGAAAUUUAUAAAUGGUUUGAAGCACAAUUUUUAUAUUUCAGAAAAAAUGCACAAACAUGGAAGAAUGCUGUACGUCAUAAUUUGAGUUUACAUAAAUGUUUUAUGCGUGUAGAAAAUAUCAAAGGUGCCGUAUGGACAGUUGAUGAAAAUGAAUUUUGUAAACGACGAGCACAACGUGGAGCACCAAAUGAAACAUCAUCACCGUACAGUCAUAAUAUGUCAUCUGGUCGUUUAUCAGAUGAAAAUCAAUUGUAUUCGUUACCAUUUAAUAUAGAAGAUGAUUACAAAGAUUUUAAAGGUUUAAUUAAUCAUGAACUAGCGUUGGCUGUUGCAUCGGUUGGCGAUAGUACAGAUAAUGGUGAACAUGAAGGUGGAGAAUAUGGAGAUGAAGAAGAUGAUGGUCAGCAGUCCGAUGAACAAAGCGUUGUAGAACAAAACGGAACACAAGAUGAAGAAGAAGAAGAAGAAAUGAUUGAAUAUAAUCAGCCAAAUGAGACUGAACAAGAUGAAGAACAAAAUGACAUGAGUUUGACGCAAGGUGAUGAUGAACAAACGGAUGAAUAA